AUGGUAUAGCUAAAUGAUGAUAUAUUCAUCUGUGGCUAAAAUGGAGGAUAGAUCACAUUUUUGAGUAUUCAAAAUCAGUAAUACUCUCAGACAUUUAAAAUAAAUAAGCUAUAACACAUAAAUGAAAUAUACUUGGUUAAGAGGGAUUAAAAUGAAUAUUCCCUAGUUCUUGCUGAUGAUAAUAGCCUUCAUCCUAAGGGUAUGACGAUUAUAAAAUUUGUUAAGAAGAGUGAUUAUGACUACCAAUUGAUCGAUUAAAAAAGUUUAAAAGAAAAAGAGGAAAUAAUAUCUAUUAUGCUUGUAAAAUCCUAAUAUAUUAUCAAGAAAAAUAUGUUUGGUGAGAGCUCUAAGGAAUCUUUUACUAUUGCUUAUACUACUGGAAAUCCUGAUCAUUCAUUGAAGAUAUUUGAAAGUAGGAAAAAGAAAUAAAUUCACUGUAUCAAACUAUAAGGAAAUCCUUAUAUUUUUAAAUUAGAAGACUAUGAUUAUGAAUUAAACCCAAUCGCAUUUGUGAAGGAUAAUCAGAGAAUAUCAUUAAUAAAUUUGAAAAAUUACUAAAUAGUCAAAGUUAUCGAUUCCAAGUAUAAUCAUUUACACUCUAGAAGAAAGGAAUCUAGUCUAAAACAUUUGAGAAUAAAUAAAGAAGAGGCUGAAAAAGUUUAUAAACUCAUUGAUGUUCAGAGAGAUUAGGACAAAAAAUUUGUUGAAAUUAGAGAAAUAAUAGUUAACUUGAAUCAAAUUACAAAUAAUAUGCAAAUAAAGGAAGAAAAAUGA